AUGGGGGUGGCAUUUCUUGAUUCCGAUCAGUGGCAUCCCCCCAUUGCUCCUUAUGGCAAGGCCUCUGCUACCUUUAGCCAGAGAGUUUCCAGGACCUUUCUCACUUCUGUGUCGUCUUCCUCUGAGAAUGCCUCUCUCAAAGCUCAGUUGGCUGCCAAGGAGGAGUAUAUUCAACAUCUUUUGAGCCUCAUUCCAUCCACUUCGACUCCGGCACCUCCUGCUGCUGCUGCUGCUGCAGAUCCUCAGCCUGCUCCUGCCACUGAUGAGGACUCGGAUGACUCUGUGGAUUCUGGUGGUUCUUUGAUCUUUUAG